AUGGCUCCAGGCGGACACCGUCGAACGACCUUAAGUCAAGGUCUAGACCGAGAGGUCUACCAAGUUGUGCGCAAAAUUCUCGACGAGCGCAGCCAGUACGGUGAUUCCGAUACCCGCCUCUCCUUCUCGACUAUCUACGACGAUAUUAAGAGGUCGAACUCGAGCCUCAAUCGCAAGCCAAAAAAGUUGCUGGAAGACAGUAUUGAACGAGUUCUCGAUACUAUACAACAAGAUGCAAAGGAUGACUCAGACGAGUUCAUGCCCGUUGAAACACCCGCCGAAGCACAGAGCCUCAAAGUCUCCAGUGGACUCAAUCGGUCAAUCGUAGGCGCAUGGUCAAAGUCCAAUGAAGGCCUUCAGUCGCCCAAGCGUACGACUGACUCCGACGGUACUCCCAUGGAGACAACAAUCUCCAAGCGUUUAACAAAUGGCGAACCGCCCGCCAAACGUCGCAAGGCUCGCGAUGUUCCCCGAGAUACCAUCGACCAUACUGCGCCUACAUACAUAAACUUGGCCAGCUUGGGAGGCGUGGACAAUGUGAUACAGCAAUUCGAAGACCUCCUUGUCCUUCCAAUGACUCGUCCCGAGAUAUACACAUCCAGCAAGGUACAGCCCCCGCGAGGCGUCCUCAUCCACGGCCCUCCUGGCUGCGGGAAAACCAUGAUCGCCAAUGCCUUCGCCGCCGAACUCGGAGUGAACUUCAUCUCGAUAUCUGCACCCUCAAUAGUCUCAGGCAUGUCAGGAGAAUCCGAAAAGGCACUGCGUGAGCACUUUGAAGAAGCAAAACGUUGCGCACCAUGCUUGAUCUUCAUCGACGAGAUCGACGCCAUCACCCCAAAGCGAGAAUCCGCCCAGCGUGAAAUGGAGAAGCGAAUCGUCGCUCAACUCCUGACCUGCAUGGACGACCUUGCUCUCGCAAAGACCGACGGUAAGCCCGUCAUUGUUCUCGCGGCAACAAACCGUCCGGACGCUCUUGACCCAGCCCUCCGGCGGGGUGGCCGGUUCGACAAGGAAAUCAACAUGACUGUACCCAGUGAACCUGUUCGCGAACAGAUUCUCCGUGCAUUGACCCGUGAAACCAAUCUUUCCUCCGACGUCGAUUUCUCUCUCCUCGCCAAACGCACGCCGGGCUUCGUCGGUGCAGAUCUGAACGACCUCGUCUCCACCGCCGGCGCCGCCGCCAUCAAAAGGCAAUUGAACUUGAUCAAAGCCCAUGCCGAGUCCUCCUCGAUGGCCGUCGACAUGCCCGUCGAUCAUCCAGACUCGAACAUCUCGCCUGUGCUGGCGUCCUUGAGGCGUCUCAUCAAGUACACCUCUACCACAGCCACCUACCCUCGGCCAGCCGCACCUCUUGCAUCAACAGAAGCAACCACCACUGCUACUGCUUCUUCCAACCCCCACCACCCGAAUCCCAACGGCGAAGGCGAGGACGAGUCCGUCGUACACGUGACAAUGAGCGACUUCCUCACCGCCCUGCCCAAGAUCCAACCGUCCGCGUUGCGAGAAGGCUUCGCCACCGUUCCGAGCACGACUUUCGCGUCCAUCGGCGCCCUGUCGCGCCACAUCUCGGAGCUCGACAUGACGGUGAUAUCCCCCAUCCUCACCCCAGCCAAGUACGCCAACCUCGGCAUCACCCCGUCGUCCGGCACGCUCCUCUGGGGCCCCCCCGGUUGCGGCAAGACGCUCCUCGCCAAGGCGUGCGCCAACAGCUCCCACGCCAACUUCAUCUCGGUCAAGGGCCCCGAGCUGCUCAACAAGUACGUGGGCGAGUCGGAGCGCGCCGUGCGCCAGGUCUUUGCCCGCGCCCGCUCGAGCGUGCCCGUCAUCAUCUUCUUCGACGAGCUCGACGCCCUGGCGCCCCGCCGCGACGGCACCAGCUCCGAGGCCAGCGCCCGCGUCACAAACACCCUGCUGGCCGAGCUCGACGGCGUCGGCUCCGACCGCGACGGCAUCUACGUCGUCGCCGCCACCAAUCGCCCCGACAUGAUCGACCCGGCCAUGCUGCGGCCCGGCAGGCUCGAGACUCUCCUCUUCGUGGGCCUGCCCGACGCCGAGGGCCGCGUCGACAUCUUGCGCACCCUGUGCCGCAAGAUCCCAAACUUUGCCUUUGACGACGACGUCGCCACCGUCGCCCGACUGUGCGAGGGCUUCAGCGGUGCCGAUCUAAAGGCCUUGUUGCAGCGCGCCGGUCUCAUGGCCAUCAGCCGCUGCACCGCCCUAGGCCUGCCUCCAGAGGACAUCACGCUGACUACGGCCGACUUCCAGAGGGCCAUGGCCGAAGUUAGGCCCAGUGUCGGAGUUGACGACUACGAACGCUACACGAUCUUACAAAAGGAGUUUGGCGUUUCGACCUGAUAAACACUCAGCUGGCCAG